GGCCCCUCCCUUGGCAGCAUGGCGACGAGCAGGCUGUUCACGUUAGUGCUGGUCCUGCAGCCACAGAGGGUCCUGCUGGGGAUGAAGAAGCGCGGCUUCGGGGCCUGGCGCUGGAAUGGCUUCGGAGGGAAGGUCCAGCCCGGGGAGACCAUUGAGCAGGCGGCCAGGAGGGAGCUCCAAGAGGAGUGCGGACUGACUGUGGAUUCUUUAGAAAAGACCGGCAAGAUCACCUUUGAGUUCGUAGGCAACAUGGAACUGAUGGAAGUCCACAUCUUCCGGGCUGACAGCUUCCAGGGAGAUCCCACAGAAAGUGAAGAAAUGUGCCCGCAGUGGUUUGAACUAGACCACGUUCCCUUCGAGAGCAUGUGGCCGGAUGACAUCUACUGGUUUCCCCUUCUGCUCCGGAAGAAGCGGUUCCAUGGCUAUUUUAAGUUACAGGGGCAGGACACGAUCUUAGACUAUACCCUGAAGGAGGUGGAGAACGUAUAAAGAGGAGACUGAGAAGAACAGAGGCUGGAUUUAAAUCGUAGCCCAUAUUGGGCAAAGAGGCAAACAAUGAAAGUUUCAUACCAACAGCCCUCCUUAUCAACUCCUUGCCAAAGGAAACGACUCUUUACACAAGUGGACACUGGGAAGACAUUUGCAGGGAAAGAAAGGACCAUUCUUGUAAAUGCAUGUUCAUUGGCCUUGUUCUGGUGCUGUGGGGUAUUCCUUUCUGCUUGGCUUUUGGAAUUUUCCUAGCCUGUCUUAGUACAUGGCAUGAUUUAGCUUUCUUCCAAAUGCCAGAUUUUAUUUUAUUUGUCGUGUCAGAUCAACCAGUCAAUUAUGUUACAUUUCUAACAGAACAAAGCAAACAAACAGAUAAAAUACAACAUUUGUGA